CUCUGCACGAGAGUUGACGUUUCCAUUUCUAUGGCGAGAGUGCAAAUUUUUACUCCGUAAGAGAGACAGUCGGAUUUUCCUGGCUUCAGAGUAUUUUGUGAUGUGAAAAGUAAACAACAAUCUCAAGACGGUGUGCUUAUUUGGCCAAGUGUGUGCCGAAUUUGCUAAAACUCGUGUUUCUUAUAUGUCCUGUUAAAAGUGUGUUAAAGAAACUCUGUGUGAGUUUUUCCUGCAAAUUUUCCAGCUUUUUCACAUAUUAAAUUAAUUAUUGGUGUCUCUCUUGAGUAACUUCUUUUCCCCACUUCGACGCAAACACUUAAGUGAUAUGUCAGAAAGAUAGUAUUAACAUCAAGAGAUUUUACAUGAUUUUAGUGUGAUCAAGAAGAAAAGCGACGAAAUAAGCAAUUUUCCACACAUUAUUGCACGAAUCAAAGAGAGAAAACAAUGGAGAACAGGAAGUUGGAACAAGAUGAAACUGUGGCACCGGAAGACGACGAAGUGAGCAAACCUGUAAUCCAAAGAAACACUUCUAGUGGCCUUAAGAAAAAGAUGCCAAAAAUUGUUACAAUUUUGCCAGAGGAGGACGAAGAGAAGCAUGAGAGGGAGAAAAUGACCCAAGCUGCAAUGGAAAAUGCCGAGUACGAAUUGGUGCCGCCGGACGGCGGCUGGGGAUGGCUGGUUCUGGCCGGAUCUAUGCUCGUGAACAUUCUCAUUCCCGGCACAAUUAAGAGCUUUGGAGUUCUCUUUGUGGAAUUCCUCGAGACAUUCAACGCCUCUCCCGCGACAGCCGCUUGGAUUCCCGCGCUGUGCUACUUCCUCUACAGUUCACUAGGACCCGUUUCAAGCAUUUUAUCCGUGAAAUAUUCAUACCGAACUGUGACGCUGAUUGGUGGAACAUUUGCAGCCGUAGGAAUGAUUCUCACAUUCUGGGCCUCAUCUGUCACAUAUUUAUACAUUAGUUAUGGGAUUUUGGUGGGCACGGGCGCCGGAUUGGCCUUUCCACCGACCGUCUACAUUGUCACAUCGUACUUUGUGCGCCUGCGAGGACUCGCCAAUGGACUGUGCAUCUCCGGCAGUGCCCUGGGAUCCAUCAUCCUGCCGCCGGUGUUGAGAUACUUGCUGGAGACCUUUGGAUACAGAGGAGCCUGUCUCAUCAUGGGUGGCGUCACGCUAAACGUCUGGGUGGCGGCGAUCUUUUAUCAGCCCGUCGAGCAGCACAUGAAGCGCGUGCCGAAAGCUCUGCCGCCGGUUGAGGAGCCGCAAAACGCGGAUGAAGAUAUGGGAAUCGUGCUGGAUCUCACGGCCAACACAUCUCCCGAUGCCACUGAUGGACGUGCCAAGUUCGCCAUCGAGGAUUCAGGGACGAAAUCUCCGGAGAGCCAAACGCCGACGCCCACGCACGAGAAUGGAUUUGUCCGGAGCGCCAGCGCUGUUGUCGUGAGGAACUUCUCAAGGGGCAGCGGAAUUGAUGGAAUGGCCGACAGGAGUCGCAAGGUGAGCGUUCCUGUUAAGGAUGCCUUUCGCAAUCAAACAUACGCCAACAAUCUCACGGAUCUGAGCUCAACUCCAUCGCUGGCCGCCAUGCCGGAGUCCCGAAUGUCCGGCGCGAGGCUGAGUCAGCGAUUUAUGAAUCACAGAGUGACUUCGAGUGGUCGACUGGCCAAGAGAUCGCCAUCCACGAGUUCCUUUCAGUACGUCAGCACGCCAUAUCACGGCAGCACGCUGUCCAUUCAUCCUGCGGAAUUUGCAUCGCAUCUCUCCAUCAAGUCCAUCACGAAUUCCCUCAAUCCCGUGUCGUCGUGCUCGCGGAUCAAGAAGGAGGGCAAGGAGAGGAACGACGACGAUGAGGAGGAGGAGGAGAGAAAGAAGAAGGAGAAGAAGAAGUUCUUCGACUUGAGUCUCCUCAGCGAUCCAACAUAUCUCGUGAUUCUCAUCUCAAACUCCACCAACGCCAUCGGCUACACGAACUUCAUCAUCCUCCUGCCGGCGUACGCGAUCUCGAUGGGCUUCGACAAGAGUCUGGCGGCGUACUUGCUGUCGAUUGUCUCGCUGCUGGACUUGGUGGGGCGCAUUGGGGGCUCCGCCCUGUCAGACACGGAACUCAUACCGAAGACGUGGUACUUCAUCGGCGGACUCGCCAUCUCGGGCGUGUCUCUGUCGCUGCUGCCGCUCGCCACCACGUAUCCCUUCAUCAGCAUCUGCUGCGCGUGCUUCGGCCUCGCCUCGGGCGUCUACGUGGGCAUCACGGCGGUGAUUAUGGCGGACAUGCUGGGCCAGGAGCGUCUCACGUCCACCUACGGCAUCAGUCUGUUCGUCAACGGCAUCCUGCAGCUCGUGGGACCGCCGAUUUGUGGGCUGUGGAUUGAGCAGGUGACGUCGUACGAGUCCCUCUUCACCACGCUCGGCUUCAUUCUGCUCGGCGGAGCCGCUCUCUGGGGCUUCAUGCCCAUGAUCAGGCGCAACAAGGCCAGAGCCGAGCGCAAGGCGGCCGCGGCGGGAGGAGCUGAGACGGAGAAGAGCCUCCUGGCAUGA